AUGUUCAUUAAACAGGUCAUUAUUCAAGGCUUUAAGUCCUACAGAGAGCAAACUGUGGUGGAACCCUUCGAUCCCAAACACAAUGUAGUUGUUGGAAGAAAUGGAUCAGGCAAAAGCAACUUCUUCUAUGCUAUACAGUUUGUGCUCAGUGAUGAGUUUUCCCACCUCAGGCCAGAGCAGCGCCAAGCUCUUCUACAUGAGGGUACUGGACCAAGGGUGAUCACUGCAUAUGUGGAAAUAAUUUUUGACAACACGGAUGGACGGUUGCCAAUUGAUAAAGAAGAAGUUUAUCUUAGAAGAGUUAUUGGUGCGAAAAAAGAUCAAUAUUUCCUUAACAAAAAGAUGGUACCAAGAUCCGAUGUGAUGAACCUCUUGGAGUCUGCCGGUUUUUCACGCUCUAAUCCUUAUUAUAUUGUGAAGCAGGGAAAGAUCAAUCAAAUGGCUACAGCUCCUGAUUCUCAACGGUUAAAGUUGCUGAGAGAAGUAGCUGGAACUAGGGUCUAUGAUGAAAGGAAGGAGGAAUCCAAAGCUAUUUUAAAAGAAACGGAAGGAAAGAUUGAUAAGAUCAAAGAAUUUCUUCACACAAUUGAAGAGAGACUGAAGACUCUUGAAGAAGAGAAAGAAGAGUUGAAGGAGUACCAAAAAUGGGAUAAAAUGAGACGGUCCCUGGAGUACUGUAUUCAUGAUCGAGAGUUAAAAGAUACCCGGAAAAAACUUGAUGAGAUGGAGCAAGCCCGAAAAAACUCCGGUGAAGAGCAGAAAAAGUUUACCUCAGAUUUGCAGAAGGCACAGGAGGGUGCUAGGGUAGCCAAUAGAAAGAUGAAGGAAGUGAAAAAGGAAGUACAGGCUGCCAAAGAAGAGCGUGAUACUCUUAGUGCAGAGCAUCAGUUGCUUCUGAAAGAGCAAGCCAAGCUCAACUUGACUAUCUCUGAUCUUAAGGAGGAAGUUAGUGGCAACAAGGACUCUCGGGAACGAGCCGAGAAAGAAUUGGAUAAAUUAAAGAAGACAAUUGAACAGAAAGAGCUUGAACUUGAAAGAUUGAAACCACAAUAUGAAGAAGAAAAGAAAAAAGAAGAGGAAUUUACCAGAGACUUGGCACUUAAGGAACAAAAGAGAAAAGAACUGUAUGCUAAGCAGGGCAGAGGAAGUCAGUUCACGUCGAAAGAAGAGCGUGACUUAUGGAUUCAAAAGGAGUUAAAAUCCCUGUCCAAGCAGAUUAAGGACAAGAUGGACCAUGAGAAGAAGCUAACAGAUGACCUUAAAAAGGAUACAGAAAAACAUGCGCAACUCAUUAAGAAGAUUGAUGAUCAAACAAAGCAAAUGGAACAGUUACGAUUGAGCAUUGAUGAGUACAACAAAAAAUAUUAUGAGGAUAAGAAGAACAAAGAUCAGCAUCAAAGUAGAAGAAACGAACUGUGGAAGAAAGAGAACCAAAGUCAGCAAAACCAAUCUUCUUUAAAGGAAGAUUUAGCCAAAGCUGACCAACAACUGCGCUCUAUGGCAGGUAAACCUAUUCUGAAUGGACGAGACAGUGUUCGGAAAGUUCUCGACACUUUCAAACAAAGAGGAGGCCAAUUUGCUGAAGUUGCCGACUCAUAUUAUGGCCCGGUCAUCGAAAAUUUUGAUUGUGAGAAAAGCAUUUAUACAGCUGUUGAAGUAACUGCUGGAAAUCGAUUGUUCCAUCAUAUUGUUGAUUCAGACAAAGUGGGAACACAGAUUCUGAAAGAAAUGAACAAACAAAAGCUCCCCGGCGAAGUCACCUUCAUGCCAUUGAAUCGUUUGCAUGUUAAAGAGCAAAACUACCCCAAAACUCAGGAUGCAAUUGCCAUGGUUUCAAAACUAAACUAUAAACCAGAUUAUGACAAAGCCCUGAGAUAUGUCUUUGGUAAGACUUUGAUUUGCAGAAAUCUUGAAGUUGCUACCAAUCUUGCUAAGACUACUGGCCUUGACUGUGUGACUCUUGAAGGAGAUCAAGUGUCUUCUAAAGGGUCUCUCACUGGAGGUUACUUCAACACGUCACGGUCUCGUCUUGAGAUUCAGAAAACUCGUAGUGAAUUGAUGGUUCAGAUUAGUGACCAAGAUAAAGAACUGCAAGCUGUCAGAGAAGAUCUCCGAAAAGAAGAGGCUGAGAUCAACAAGGUAGUGUCUGAUAUGCAGCGCACUGAGACCAAAAACAGUAAAGCCAAGGAUACAUAUGAUCAAAUUAAAGCUGAAAUUCGUCUGAUGAGGGAAGAAGUUGGAAGUAUUGAUAGAUACAAAACAUCUAAAGAACGCUCCCUUGCACAGUGCAAGUCUAACUUGGAGGCUAUGCAAACUACCAAAGAGGGCUUGCAAUCUGAACUGAACCAGGAUCUUAUGGCCCAGUUAUCAGUUCAAGACCAGCGUCAAGUGGACAUGCUCAAUGAUGAAAUUCGCCGUCUCACUCAGCUGAACAAAGAGGCCUUUAGUAAGCGUAUGAAGCUUGAGGCUGAGAAAAAUAAAUUGGAUAAUCUACUGACAAACAAUUUGAUCAGGCGAAGGGAUGAGCUGGUACAAGCCCUCCAGGAAAUUUCAGUUGAGGAUAGAAAACGUCAUCUUGACCAAAACAGCUCUGAUCUGGCAUCAAUCAACAAAAAGAUUGAAGAUGUUAUGGAGUCUCACAAGGAAAUGGAAAAGAAGGUUCAGGCUGCAACCAAAAAGGAAAGAGCUGAAAAAGUUGAACUUGAAAAGUGGAGAAUGAAAGAAAAAGAGCUCCAAGAAAAGAUGGAGGAGGACGCCAAAGACCUGGAGAAAAUGACUUCUCGACAUAAUACUUUGAUGGCUAAGGUUGAGGAGUGUACCAAGAAAAUAUCAGACCUUGGCAGUUUGCCUCAGCCUGAAAUGAUAAAUAAAUAUAUGAAUCUCAGCCAGAAAGCUCUGUUUAAAGAAAUGGAGAAAGCUAACACGCAUUUAAAGAAGUACAGCCAUGUAAACAAAAAGGCUCUUGAUCAAUUUAUGAGCUUUUCUGACCAGAAGGAGAAGUUGGUCAAACGAAAAGAAGAACUGGAUCGAGGUGAUGAAAAAAUUAAGGAGUUGAUGAAUGUUCUUGAACAACGCAAAUUUGAAGCUAUUCAGUUUACUUUUAAACAAGUAACCAAGUAUUUUAGCGAUGUUUUCAAAAAACUUGUACCUGAGGGCGAAGCUAAACUCAUCAUGAGAACGGCUGAUGGUGAAGAGGGAGGAAAUCCUCGUGUGGAAACUGACUCUGAGCAAUUCACAGGAGUUCAAAUCAGAGUUUCAUUUGUAGGAAAGAACCAUGGUGAAAUGCGAGAGAUGAAUCAACUUUCAGGAGGUCAAAAAUCACUUGUUGCCCUCGCAUUAAUUUUUGCUAUCCAAAAAUGUGACCCAGCCCCAUUCUAUCUUUUUGAUGAAAUUGAUCAGGCUCUUGAUGCCCAACAUCGGAAAGCUGUCGCUGAUAUGAUUCACGCCAUGGCUGGACAGGCUCAGUUCAUCACAACCACUUUCAGACCUGAACUUCUGGAACAUGCCAACAAGUUCUACGGAGUCAAGUUCAGGAACAAGGUUUCUCACGUGGAAUGUGUUACUAGAGAAGAGGCCUAUGACUUUGUGGAGGAUGACCAAACACAUGGCUAGAUUUUUAGUGAAUGUAUUUCUUUUCUUUUUUUUUUGUUAAUGGUUUUGUACAUGUUUCUGAAAUAAGCAUUUGUAAAUAUGACAGAAGAUGUGACAUUUUGUAAAUUAAGUUUGUACAUGUCUUAUAUUUCAUCCCUAUUGACUGUUAAGAACUGUACAUAUGGGACAAAUUUCAUUUGUUGGGCCCUGUAAGUGUGUAACCAUCAUAUUAAUUUUAUGAGUUUUCAAAAAAGUGUAUUGUCUGUUUAUUAUUUUAGAUUUUCUUUUACCUUGGGACAUCGAUUAUUUUAGCUUUGUUAAAUUUGCUAUCUUAGUGUAAUUUCCAUUCUUGACAAAUGCCCUCUUGUAAUAAAUCAAUUUGCAGUGUAUGUGUGUGCAUAGCAUCCAUGGACUUGCUUCACAAUAUCCUAUUGGUGAGGUUUAUGUAUGUAGACAGUAUAAUCAAAAUUAAAGAGAUCAAAGUAAAGUCUUUAA